CUUGGAAUUUCCUCUUUGAACGGAACCUGCUUCCAAGAUGGUGAGUGCGAAUUGGGCUACCAAAUUAUUCUAAAUAUCUGCGUUCAUCGUCGCUUUUAGGGUCAUUCUGUACAUUGGACAACGAUGUCUCUGGUCAUUCCUGAGAAGUUCCAGCACAUUCUUCGUGUUCUCAACACGAACAUUGAUGGUAGGAGGAAGAUUGCCUUCGCCAUCACAGCAAUCAAGGGUGUUGGCAGACGAUAUGCCCAUGUUGUCCUGAGGAAGGCUGAUAUCGACCUCAGCAAGAGGGCUGGAGAACUGACCGAUGAUGAGGUCGAGAGGGUAGUGACAAUUAUGCAGAAUCCUCGCCAGUACAAAAUCCCUGACUGGUUCCUCAACAGACAGAAGGAUGUAAAGGAUGGCAAGUACAGCCAGGUCCUUGCUAACGGUCUGGACAACAAGCUGAGAGAGGAUCUUGAGAGGCUGAAGAAGAUCAGGGCUCACCGUGGUCUCAGGCAUUUCUGGGGUCUGCGUGUGCGUGGCCAGCACACUAAGACGACCGGUCGCCGUGGUCGCACCGUUGGCGUGUCCAAGAAGAAGUAAACUGUCUCCCUGCUCCCCAUGUGUCAAUAAAUGCCACAGUUCACACAUUUGGCUGUUUGCUCAUCUCUUCAUACUGAGUUGUUUUAGUGCGGUUGUGUAGUUGACUCAGAACAGAGCCUCGGUCAGUGGCAGUUUUGGCUUUCUUUGCUCCCAUGUAGGUAGUUUGUCACUUCUGUAAGCAAAGGUGGGAAUGUCAUGAAUGGAACUCAUGUAAUUUCUUAUUCUACAAUGUCACACAAUGCUGUGCCCAAGUCUGAAUCGAUCCCCAAUUAGAGGGGACUGAACACAGGCACUGUAAACGGACUUCAAGGCCAGGAAUGGAAAAGGCGGUGUAUACUCAUUUAUAUGUGGUAUACUUUUGAAAAGGUUGUAAAAGGGACCGGAGUGAUGGUCUAAGUCCUAGGUUCAGUUGCAACCUAGUGAAUGGAAUGCUGUACUGUCCACCUUGGUGUUUUACAUGGGUCAUAUUCUCAUAACCAACCAAGUUUCAUUUUGAUGAAUUAUCACAAUUUAGUAAAGAUGAGGUCAUUUUACUACACUAAAUACAAAUAAGUGCAACAUUUCGUUUUCAUGAGCUGAAAUAAAUGCACCUUGUAUUUCUCUCAAA